ACAAUCCUUGUCAUAUACGAAAUAUUUGUAAAUAACGCAAUCGAGAAUGGGGCGUUUUUUCUGUGAUUGUGUAAAUGUUACGCGUAGUUCUCGAUCCUGUAUAGUUAGCAUUUACAGCUAAUUAGAUUUCUCAACCGCUCAGAGUAGAUUCUAUGAGGUGAUUACGAAGUUUUAGUGCACAUUAGGAAAAUUUAGAACAACGACCUUGACCAACGCAAUACGGAACGUAUCAUCAAUUAAAAUCAAAAUACCUCCACGGGGUGUUGAUCUGCGCUGCACACCUUUACCACAGAUUAAUUCAGACUUACAACUUGCGGGCCUGGAAGCGCGAGCGGUGAUAUAAACGCCCACCACACGAGGCGAGAGAAGCAACAACAAAAAAGCGAUCGUGUACGUGUAUUCGGGGUUCGGCUCAUAGUCUAGCGGAACUUUAGAUACCCUUCAGUUGAUCCAGGAUGACGCAGCGCAAGGGUCAGGCAAUGUUUGCCCGAGUUUCGUUCUAUCCCACGUUGUUGUACAAUGUGUUUAUGGAGAAAGUGACCAAACGCAACUGGUACGAUCGCAUCGACGAGAACAUGAUCCUCGGGGCACUGCCGUUCCGUUCGAUAGCACCGGAACUGGUGCAGCAGGAAAAUAUCAAAGCGGUCGUGUCGAUGAAUGAAGAUUACGAACUGUGGGCUUUUUCGAACAACAAAAAGAAAUGGGCUAAGCUGGGGGUGGAUUUUCUGCAACUGGCCACAACGGAUAUCUUCGAGGCCCCCUGUCAGGACAAGCUCUGGAAUGGGGUUGAGUUCAUCAAUCAGUUUCUGCCCAAAGAGAAGCGAAUCAGUGGAAUGGGGGAAGGAAUGGAGGAUUUCGGAGAAGAUCGAGUCGGUACCGUGUAUGUGCAUUGCAAGGCUGGAAGGACGAGAAGUGCAACACUGGUCGGGUGUUACCUCAUGAUGCGCAAUGGAUGGAGUCCGGAGCGGGCAGUUCAACAUAUGCGUGAAUGUCGUCCUCACGUCCUACUCGGAAGCAAACAAUGGGAAGCGCUACGGAUAUUUUACAGCAAUCGUGUUUCGGGAAAGCAAACAUCCGAAGCGAGCACGGUCCCAUCGUAAUUUAGCAAAAAUUGAACCAUCAAUAGGACUAUUCAAUUGUAAAUAAGGCUCAACCAACGAACAAAGCUGUUCUCUAUCUCCUCUAAGGUUAACGAAAGAUGGAAGAUACCAGCAUUAGACUUCUUCUGCCUUCUAUAUUCAAAUAAGAAACGAUAGUUAUUCAAAUUAUUCCGCUCUGCUGCACAGCGAAUUAGAUCUUGAUCACAAUUUGUUGCCUCCUCAUUUACAUCCGAAACCCAUCAUCCUUCGAACAGAUCUGUGCUGAUGACCUUCCCAAGUGUACUUAAGCCUUUGGCUUGGUACUCCAGAUCUUUCUAAUAGUGUUUGCGAUACCGAUGUCGUUGUGAAUGAAAUAAAAUAGUCCUCCCAGCGUAGCAGCCGAUAUAACGAGCAACAGUCCAUGGGCAAUCUUGGGAACGGUUGAUCCGAAGAGAAUCGGUCGCACAUAGUCGGUCACGAUUGCUUCCAGACCCCUAAACAUCAAACGAAAAAGGUCAGUAAUCAAAGUCAAAUAUCAAACCAACACUCCCGUACCAAUACUGAUGCAUCACAAUACAAACGGCCAUCAGGGCAUCGCCGGCUUGCGACGGGAACAUCAUUCCUACGGGAAGCACUCCCAGCAUGGCAGUGGCCAGGGCACGUUCGGCGUUCCAUAGGGUGACAUGAUUUCCAGUUGCAGCCGCCUGUCUGAUAGGACUGGCGGAAAAUUUUCUCAGCGCGCUUACGCCAAGCGAUGAGAUAGUGGUAGGCUUCGCUGCCAGCAGUGACCUCGAGACCGAUGUCAACGAGCGAUUCACGGCUAGCGUUUUACCACCGUUGAGCAGCGAACCAAAAACUGGAGCUAGAGGUUUCAAACAAUGCAUUAUGUAAUAAACGUAAUCAAUUCUUAUAAACAUUGAAAACGCAUCGACACUCACCACUUCUUGUGCAGGACGAACGAAGGAUAAAGUGCAGAGCCAUCCUGUGCGAUAUAUACUAGUAGUUGCAGGGAGAAAAAAUGACUGACAAUUCGACACUAACGAGUUUUUGCGGAUUCGUGCACUAUAAAAUUGCUUUUCUCGACUCGUGUGUGCCUUGCGAAUGUCAAUAUUUUUCUUUCGGCACAGUCAACUAGAUUAGGGUGAUAUCUAGUGGGAUACAAAAAUCAAGGUAAGUAGAUGAUGUGAUAGAAAUGAUAAAUGACUCAAAUUCGAGCGCCAGUCACGAGCAAGAUGCUAAACUAUAGGUGUUUCGUUCUUGACACUUUCAUGACAAUACCCGAGACGAGUAGCGAGACGUAGCUUUCUGAAUUAUUUACUUUUUGUUUGGUUGUGUGGUUAUGGUUUCAUAUCAACUCGCUGAGGAAAACAACUGAAGGAAGAAAUAAACAAAUAUAUAUUCGUGAAAAAUAGUGUACUAUAGCUGCAAUAAGAUACACAGGUCGAAGGCCACUGAUCAUUCAACAAGAGCCAAAGGUUGUACCGCUCAUGGAAACUCUACACGAGCUGAAGAUUGUACCGUCCAGUGACCAUUCUACCCUGGAUUCCUCGAGUCAAGAGAGACGCACCACGAUUGAUAUGAGGUACAGACUAGGGGGGCGUCGCUGAUCAAUGGUCAGUUAUACUCCAAUAAGAAGUAUCCCGUGUCGGCCACACAUACAUAGUACUGGAGACUGCAACAUCCCAAUUAUGAGAUCUUUGUAAUACUAACCUCGAGCCAACCGCGAGUAAUCGGUUACAUAUUACUAACAUAGUUGUAAGACAAAAAUUGUUAAAAUAUUGGACUCCCGGCCCCGUCAAGCUACGUGCCUUAAUAAAUUAAUAUAUAUUUUGGGAAAAAAAGACGGGUGGGUAAUGUCGGGGACAUAACCGGAGUGACGUAGGACUAUACAAAGGGGACAGCUUUUGUUAAAUAUAUAUCUUAAAUAUA